CUCCAUUCGCGUGAGGGACCGGUCAUGGCUCCGAGCCGCUCGCGUCAAACGGGCUCGCACAAGGCUCACUCUUUAGCCCGGCAGUGGAAGGCGAAGCGGCGGCGCCGCGACCUGGACCAGAUCCACCAGGACCUGCUGCCGGAGAACGCGGCAAAGCUGCUGCGCCAAGAGCCGGACGCCGAAUUGCCCGGAAGCGCCCAGCAUUACUGCCUGCACUGCGCGCGAUACUUUGUCGAUUUGAAAAGCUUGAAGGAUCACUUCAAAUCUAAGGUUCACAAAAGAAGGCUGAAGCAGCUGAGUGAAGAGCCAUAUACCCAGGAGGAGGCUGAGAGAGCCGCCGGGAUGGGAUCCUAUAUUCCUCCCAAAACAGUUGAAAUCCACACACAGCCCCUCGACGAGAUGGAGGAAUCCAACUGAGGACGGUAGCAGCAUCGACAGAACCAAAUGAGGCUUGGCCACUCGAAAAUCCUUUGGAUAACUUAAGACAAUGGGAGCGUUGGUGGUAACGGACAUGAGGGGGGAGAGGAUAGUGGAACUGAGACAUUAAACCCCAGCAGAAAGGAGAGCAGCAUCUCCUGGGAUUUCUUGCUGUGGGAAGACUGCUGUGGCUGAUUCUCUUUGGCGGUGCUCAGAGUUCAGCAGGAGGUCUGAGAGGGCGAGCAAGUGCCCUGUUGUCCUAAGAACCUCAUUAUGUAGCUAAUUGCUUCUUUAAAAAAACAGCUAUUAUGAACAGAUUGCUGUGGAUUUUCAUUGUUUUGCUGGGUGUGUGACCUUUUCCAUCUCUUUAGUGAGUCCUUUUUAAUAAAAGAGGCAUCUGUUUGCUGAAUGAA